AUGACGUCGCAGACUCCGAUCGAAGACUCAAUCAGGGAGAAGCUCACUACCGCGCUUCAGCCUACCACUCUGGAGAUAUACAACGACUCGCAUCUGCAUGCUCACCACCAGGCCAUGCAAGGCGUCACGUCAAAAGAGACGCACUUCCGGCUAGUCAUCACGUCAGAGGCCUUCCAGUCAAAGAUGCAGCCAGCGCGCCACCGUCUUGUCUAUUCCCUACUCAAAGAUGAACUGGCCCGAGAGGGUGGGAUCCAUGCGCUGCAGUUGCGCACCAUGACACCCCAAGAGGAGGAACAGCGGCGCGCCCAAGAGGCUGGUGCCGAAUGA